AUGAUCAGCGCCCCUGACGUGGUGGCCUUCACCAAAGAGGACGAGUACGAGGAGGAGCCUUACAAUGAACCGGCACUGCCCGAGGAGUACUCGGUGCCGCUCUUCCCCUUCGCCAGCCAAGGAGCCAAUCCAUGGUCCAAACUGUCCGGGGCCAAGUUCUCUCGGGACUUCAUCCUUAUUUCCGAAUUCUCUGAGCAGGUGGGACCCCAGCCCUUACUGACCAUCCCCAAUGACACCAAAGUUUUCGGUACUUUUGAUCUCAAUUACUUCUCUUUGCGGAUCAUGUCUGUGGAUUACCAGGCCUCCUUCGUGGGGCAUCCUCCUGGCUCUGCCUACCCCAAACUGAACUUCGUGGAGGACUCCAAGGUGGUGCUGGGAGACUCCAAGGAAGGGGCCUUUGCCUACGUGCACCAUCUUACCCUGUACGACCUGGAGGCCCGUGGCUUCGUGAGGCCCUUUUGUAUGGCUUAUAUCUCGGCAGACCAGCACAAAAUUAUGCAGCAAUUCCAGGAGCUCUCAGCUGAAUUUUCCAAAGCAUCAGAGUGCUUGAAGACAGGCAACAGGAAGGCUUUUGCCGGGGAACUUGAAAAAAAACUGAAAGAUUUGGAUUACACCAGGACAGUGCUACACACGGAGACAGAGAUCCAGAAGAAAGCCAACGACAAAGGCUUUUACUCAUCUCAGGCCAUCGAGAAGGCCAAUGAGCUGGCCAGCGUGGAGAAGUCCAUCAUCGAACAUCAAGACCUUCUGAGGCAGAUCCGCUCAUACCCUCAUCGCAAGUUGAGAGGGUCCAAUUUGUGUCCUAGGGAAUCGGAGCACACCCAGGAUCUGCCCAGCCAGGCAGCCGCUACCUCUGACCUUGAAGAGUCUGCUGAUACCGACCAUUACACCUGCAGACCCUCCUACACCCCGAAACUCAUCAAAGCAAAGUCCACCAAGUGUUUCGACAAGAAGCUCAAGACCUUGGAGGAGCUCUGUGACACCGAGUACUUCACCCAGACCCUGGCGCAGCUCCGCCACGUUGAGCACAUGUUCAGAGGGGACCUUUGUUACCUCCUGACCAGUCAGAUUGACAGAGCACUCCUGAAGCAGCAGCACAUCACCAGCUUCCUCUUUGAAGAUUUGGUGGAGGUUGGCGACAGACCGGCCGAGAAACAGGAGAGCACACUCUCUAAGCCCCAUCACUAUGGGCUGCCUUCUGAGUCUCCGGAAGACUGUUUGGUUCCUCAAGUGUUAAUCAGCGUGGGCUCCUACAAAUCCAGCGUGGAGUCCGUGCUCAUCAAGAUGGAGCAGGACCUUGGGGAUGAGGCAUCAAGGGGAGCGGCGGUGACGGAAUCAAGCAGUUUUGACCCCCAGGAGAACUUGGACUACCUGGAGAUGGACAUGAAAGGGAGCGUUAGUAGUGGAGAGAGCAUCGAGGUUCUGGGCACAGAGAAACCCACCUCUGUGCUGUCGAAGUCUGAGAGCCAGUCCAGCCUCACGGUGCCCUUGAGCCCCCAGGUGGUCCGGAGCAAGGCGGUCAGCCACAGGACCAUCAGCGGGGACAGCAUCGAAGUCCUCAGCACCUGCCCCUCUGAGGCCCUCAUCCCCGACGACUUCAAGGCCAGCUAUCCAAGUGCCAUUAAUGAGGAGGAGUCCUACGCAGAGGGCGGCCAGGGGGCCAUCCUCUUCCAGGCAGGCAUCAGCCCUCCGGAGUUGGGGGAGGCCGAGGAGGGCAGCUCGGGCCUUGCUUCGCUACAGACAGACGCCUCCUGCUGCAUCGGGAGGGAAGCUGGUGCUCUGCUGGUGCCGCUCUCCACCCCAGGCCACACAGUCUCUGAUGAGGAUGGGGUCGUGAGCGUUCCCCCACAGCGCUACCGGCAGAAGGACCAAGGGUUCCACGUGGACUUCUCGGUGGAAAAUGCCAGUCCUUCCCGAGACAACAGUUGUGAAGGCUUCCCUGCUUAUGAGCUAGACCCGAGCCACCUGCUGACCAGCCGAGAUGGCAGUAAGACCAGCCUGGAUGACCACUCUGACGCCACCAGCUAUGGGAGCAGCGUAGCCUCCACCAGCUCUGACAGGACUCCCUCCUCCGUGCCUCCUACUGGCCUAUCUUCCGAGAGGCACAAGAAGAGGGCGGGCCAGAACGCCUUAAAGUUCAUCCGCCAGUACCCGUUUGCCCACCCAGCCAUCUACUCCCUUCUCAGCGGGAGGACGCUGGUGGUCCUGGGGGAAGAGGAGGCCAUGGUCAGGAAGCUGGUGACUGCACUGUCAAUCUUUGUCCCUGGCUACGGCCGCCAUGGCAAACCCGUGAAGCACUGGCUCUCCUCCCCUUUGCACAUCACGGACUUCCAGAAGUGGAAGCUUAUUGGCCUGCAGAGGGUGGCGUCCCCCGCCAGUGCCGGUGCCCUGCACGCCCUGAGCCGCUAUAGCCGCUACACGAGCAUCCUUGACCUGGACCGGAAGACCUUGCGCUGCCCGCUCUACAGGGGCACCCUGGUGCCACGGCUGGCAGACCACCGCACACACAUCCGGCGGGGCAGCACCUACUUCCUGCAUGUGCAGAGCCUGCUUGCGCAGCUGUGUGCCAAGGCCUUCGUCUAUACCUUCUGCCACCACCUGCACCUGCCCGCACAUGGCAGCGAGGCCCCAGAGCUGGCUUCCAGUCGCCAGGCCAGCUUCCUGCAGCUGACGCUGGGGCUAGUGCAUGAGGAUGUCAAGGUGGUGCGGUACCUGGCGGAGCUGCUGCGGCUGCACUACACGCAAGAGCUGCGCGGGACCAGCCAGCCUGCCCUCAGGUUCGACUACGUGCCCAGCUUUCUAUACAAGAUCUGA